GACUUUCCGUUCUGAUGAUCUUCCGAUGACGCCAGACUCCUUCCGUCAUAGCUCAUUGGAACAGUUCCAGUGGUCAGCACAUCCUGGUGUCAAUCUGCCAAUCUUCUCGAUUCCUCAGACUCGUCUGGAAUGCAAACCUCUCGCAGCUCAUCCCAACCAACGGUGUAGGACUUACACAAUCAGAACGUUGCUUCAUCUCUUUAAUGUCUCCUCCUUUAGCAUCAUACACUGCUCCUCCUAACCUUUAGCAUUCUGGAUCUGGUCCAUCCCCUUCGUUCGGGUCACUAGGAAGGUCUUGACAGAUUAUAGACGUUCCUCUGGCUGAAGGGAAGGAACCUCUCACAACAAAAGCCAUCUUUAACUCUGGUGGAAGGUUGAUGCGCUUGAAGAGUGCCUUCAGCGUUCUCCAGAAGAUGAUGGAUGGAUUCACAGCUACAGCAAAGAAGGUCCUGACGCUGGACACCAUGAACCCAAACGUGAAGAAGGUGGAAUACGCGGUGCGCGGGCCGAUCGUCCAGAGAGCCGCGCAGAUCGAGAAGGAGCUCGCGCAGGGAGUGAAAAAACCCUUUACCGAGGUGAUCAGGGCAAAUAUCGGAGACUGUCACGCCAUGGGCCAGAAACCCAUCACCUUCUUCAGACAGGUCCUGGCGCUUUGUUUAUAUCCAGAUCUGUUAGAAGACAACAAAUUUCCUGAAGAUGUGAAAAGCAGAGCACAGCGUAUUCUUCAAGCCUGUAGUGGAGGAAGCUUAGGGUCAUACAGUACCAGUCAGGGCAUUGAGCUCGUUCGUCAGGAUGUGGCGAGAUAUAUCGAGAGAAGAGACGGAGGAAUCCCGAGCAAUCCAGACAACAUCUACCUGACUGCAGGAGCCAGCGACGGCAUCGUGACCAUGUUGAAGCUCAUGGUCUCAGGUGAAGGUCCCUCUCGGACCGGGGUGAUGAUCUCCAUCCCUCAGUACCCACUCUACUCCGCCGCUUUAGCUGACCUCGCCGCCGUCCAGGUGAAUUAUUACCUGGAUGAGGAGAAGUGCUGGAGUUUGGACAUAUCAGAGCUACAGCGCUCCCUGAAGGAGGCACGCAAACACUGCAGCCCACGGGUUCUGUGCAUCAUCAACCCGGGAAACCCAACCGGUCAGGUGCAGAGUCGUCAGUGUAUUGAGGACGUGAUCCGAUUCGCGGCUGAAGAAAAUCUCUUUCUGAUGGCAGACGAGGUGUAUCAGGAUAACGUGUACGCAGGCGGCUGUGAGUUUCACUCCUUUAAAAAGGUUUUGUUCGAGAUGGGACCAGAAUACUCAGAUCGAGUUGAGCUGGCCUCGUUUCAUUCCACCUCCAAGUGCUACAUGGGAGAGUGUGGGUUUCGUGGUGGGUACAUGGAGGUGGUGAACUUGGACCCGGACGUUAAGCUUCAGCUCACAAAGCUGGUGUCAGUACGUCUGUGUCCUCCAGUGACUGGACAGGCCCUCCUGGACCUGGUGGUGAAUCCGCCCCAGCCGGACGAACCCUCCUACCACACCUUUAUUCAGGAGAGAACACACACUCUGGCAGCGUUAGCUGAAAAAGCUAUGAUGACGCAGCAGAUCCUGAAUCAGGUUUCGGGGAUAAAGUGUAACCCGGUGCAGGGAGCCAUGUACUCUUUCCCCCGGAUCCAGAUCCCUCCGAAAGCAGUUACUGCAGCUCAGGAGAACGGCCAGACUCCAGAUAUGUUCUACUGCAUGAAACUUCUGGAGGAAAAGGGGAUCUGUCUCGUCCCAGGAAGCGGGUUUGGUCAGAGAGAUGGAACGUACCAUUUCAGGAUGACCAUCUUACCACCGACAGAGAAACUGAAGAUCGUGCUGGUGAAGAUCAAAGAGUUUCAUCAGAGUUUUACUCAGCAGUUCUCAUAAUUCAGAGCUCACAGAGACUCAACAUGUAAACAAGGACAAAUUUGAUGUUCCACUUUUGUCUAGUUUAGUGUUUCUGAUUUGUUUAGAUUUUUAGACUAAAUGAAAAGUCAGCAAGCAGGUCCUGGGUUUGAUUUCCAGGUGGAGCGGUCCAGGUCCUUUCUGUGUGGAGUUUGCAUGUUCUCCCCGUGUCUCCGGUUUCUCCCCACAGUACAAAGACGUUCAAAUGAGGUGAACUGGAGAUACAAAAUUGUCCAUGACUGUGUUUGAAGUAACUACCUGUUCCUGUCAUGAAUGUAACCACAAGUGUGUAAAACAUGACGUUAAAAUCCUAAUAAAUAAAUAAAUUGAAA